AUGGACCGCAGCGAUUGCGUGUACUCUUGUGUAUGACAGAGAGAAUUAUAAUCAGGCAUUUUGCAGGACACCUGGCCGUUGGGGUCCUUGACUAUUGGGUAACGUCUCCGUCAAAAGCUAAACGAUCCGAUGUGAGAAGGAGUGGACUUUGUGUGGUGAGAGCUCACUAUUCAGUAUGAAGAAUGGCAGGUAUGUUGGUCAAGGCCUGACGUGAUAUCUGGACUGCAAAGCUGAGCUCCACCAGCAGUUAUUGGUUGUACAACACAACCACCCAUCGCUCUGGAUAUAUCUUUUUGAAACUUGAUCACCUCCAGCAACUACAGAGACAAUGUACUGCCUCCAGUGGUUACUUCCGGUCCUACUGAUCCCAAAGCCGCUGAACCCAGCUCUGUGGUUCAGCCAUUCUAUGUUCAUGGGCUUCUACUUGCUUAGCUUCCUGUUGGAAAGGAAGCCAUGCACCAUUUGUGCCUUAGUGUUUCUUGCAGCAUUGUUCCUCAUUUGUUACAGCUGCUGGGGUAAUUGCUUCCUUUACCACUGCCAUGACUCGCCACUGCCAGACUCGGCACAUGAUCCCAGUAUUGUGGGCACCUAGAGUCCAGAUUCUCAAAGUCCUCCUUAAUGCUUUUUGGACAAACCCUGGACAGUAUCUGCCUAUGAACAAACACGCAUCUAAUGAGAAAUCCUGAUGAAUGUGCUGAAAAUGAGAGCCUCACUGAAGUCAUAUUUUAAUCACAAAUAAACCUGUUACUUUAUUUUCCAUUUUGCAAGGCAACGCGGUCUCAAAUCUUAGUUCAUGGGUUUAUAGGCUUACAGGUUUUUUUUUUUUUUUCUGUUUUAAUCUUUCAGCUCAACUUUAAUUGUAUGCUGAAAGAUUUUGAUGUGUGAGCAUGUACUGUACCAGUCAAAAGUUUGGACACCUACUCAUUCAUAGGUUUGUGUUUUGACCAUAUUCUACAUUGUAAAACAAUACUGAAGACAUCAAAUCUAUGAAGUAACGUAUGGAAUUAUAUGGUAAACAGUGUUUUUUAUUAAAGAAGUUUCAUAUUUUAGAUUCUUAACCACCGUUUACCUCGACAGCUAUUGGCAUGAUCUUAACCAGCUUCAUGAGGUAGUCACCUGGAAUGCUUUUCAGUUAACACAUGUGCCUUGUCAGAAGUUAAUUAGUGGUAUUUCUUGCCACCUUAAGGUGUUUGAUGGUCUCAAGCACCAAGUAAUAAAUAAAAAUACAGUAAAUAGCCCACAACUGUAGUGACCCAUGUCAACCAUUCAACUGUUCAUCACUGUUGGAUAAGAAGUCCCCCCCCCCCCAACAUUAAUAGAAAUGUAGAAAAAAAUUGAAUUAGUCAUGUUCAAACUUUUGACUGGUUCUGUGAGUUUUAUCAUAACUUUUUUUUUUUGUUCUUGUCACUGUUAAAAUCCCAGGAUCUGAGGUGACUUCAGUGGUGGUGAAUGUCUAAACCAAGCUUAUUAGAGCUCAAGAGUAUUGAAAGUAACAAGUUGUACCUGUGUGCAGCUCAGUUUGUUCAAAUGCUGUUGCAGCUUUUUAAUUAAAGUUCAUAAUGUGCA